CUGCAUCAAACUUUUGUCAUUUGUUUAUAACACAGAAUAUUGCAAGUAAGAAAAAAAUAGUGUAAUAUAUAAUGGAUGUGGAAAUCAAGCAACAAUUCGAAGAGAUGGGUGUAGAAGCCAACGAAGAUGUAAUUACAAAAUCGUUGGAACUGUGUGCCAGCUAUUGUGUGGAUGACGCUGCUGAAUUCGUGGAACAGUGGAUGGCUUUUAGCAUUUCAAAUCUAAAUGGUGCUGAGCCAUCAGUGGAAAACUUAACAGAAUUUGAGCGUAAAGUGUUUCAGGCAAAGCGUGACAAAGAGUUGGCACAGGCUAAUCGCAAACGAGUCAGUUACGCUACGCCAAGCACAAAUACAAUAUACGCACCGCCCGUGGAUUCGAAUCCACUAGCUAUAUAUGGCGUAAAAGAUAGUGCUGUAAUUUCUGACUAUGAUGUUGGUGGUGGCGAUGCAAAUAGUGCCAGCCAAGAUCUCAACGAUGACGAACAAAUGUUAGGCUCCUACAACGUUUGCCAUACACCAAAACCGAAGGCUAGAAACGCUUUGGCAAGAACACCUGCUCGCCACGGUGAUGCACUACUCUUCAGUCCAGCUAGUUACUCGCCCAUCGCCGGCACACCACGCAGCCAUAGUGCCAUAGCCGGCUCCGGCAAGAUAGUUUACACAUUUGGCAAUCCUACGCUUAUCGGCACCGCAAAAUGGGCAUCCACUCAGCAAGCGAAAAUCCAAAUUAAACAAUUACUGCGCCACAACGGUGCAACGCUUGAUGAGCCCAAAUCCAAUUACAUGUACGACUGUCUGCGCGAGAAGUGUGAUAUCGCAGCUGAUCGCAUUUUUCACAUCGGCAAAGAGUUGUGUAAAAAGGUGUUUGGCGCAAACGCGGACAAUUAUGAGCUGAGUCAAGUGGACAACCAUUCGCAGGAAAUUACGAAGACAAUUGGCACUAUUUGCUGUGAUCACGAAGGUCCCUUAGAUCCUUCUUCGACUAUGUUAGCCGGUACUGAUGAGGCGCGUUGCCUUACUGUACGCUUGAACUUCUCCAAAGCUAAAUCGGUAGCGGUUUUUCCGGGGCAAAUAGCGAUCGUGUCGGGGAAAAAUCCCAAAGGCGAUACUUUCAUUGUGGAUGAGGUGUUAGCCGAGCGACAACUUAGUCCGCCUAUAGCGCCCAAACUUACAGAUCCAUUGAGUUUUGUCAUCGUUGCCGGUCCGUAUACACAUGACGAUGAUCUUGCUUAUGAACCAUUGCAAGAUUUGAUUGCGUACUUAAAGGAGCACAAACCGGAUGUGCUAGUAUUGACUGGACCGUUUCUGGAUACCGAACACAGGUUAAUCUCCGAAAAUGUUACGCUGGCCGAGUCAUUUGAAUCAUUCUUUGAGAAAAUGAUUACCAGCAUUGUGGAUGCUAUUGGCAAUUCGACAACAAUAUUGAUUGUCACUUCACAUAAGGACGCCAACGCCGAUCCUGUCUAUCCUACCAUGUCAGUACCGUUACGAAAAUCUUUUCCCAAUGUGCAUGUCUUGCCCGAUCCAUCGAUGAUUGAUUUAAAUGGCAUCGUUGUGGGAAUGACCUCCACGGACAUAAUGCAGCAUAUAAUCGCGAAUGAGCUGGCCUUCAAUGCAGGCGAUAAGGUAAAGCGCGUCGUCAAUCAUCUGUUCAAUCAAGGUUCCUUUUACCCGCUGCAUCCGCCAGCCUGCGAUGAGAUCAGCUUUGACAGCUUCUUGGCGGCAAGAUACGCCAAAAUUGAGCAAAUACCAAACAUACUUUUGUUGCCGAGUGAUCAGAAGUGUUUCAUACGGGUGGUAAACGGUUGUUUGGCUAUAAAUCCCGGUCGUUUGGCCGACAGCAAUGGUGGCACUUUCGCGCGUUUCGUUAUUACGCCGCCGGCCAACAAGGAUGAGACGAACAUUUGCAACUUUGUGGCCUGUCAAAUACGCAAGGUCUAGCACACAUUUUAUACAGCACAUGCUAACUGUACAAUGUUUUUUCUUAAGUAAAAAAUGCAUAUUUAUUUUUUUUUCAUAUAUAAUUUGUUGUAAUACAAAAACAGCAAUGUUCAUGAAAAUGUUUGUUUAACUAGAAAUAAAACAUACACAUUCCUCAUUAUCGCUUCAA